AUGUCGUCACCAAUCGCGAACACGGUUUUCCUCCAAGACCAGAAGCUCCGGCAGCUGGCUCAAGUAAUCCGGGGGCACGAAGUGAACAACAUGUACCACAUCACCUUCUCCAGCAUAGGCGAACAGCUUCAGUACCUCCGCAUAGCCAACGACAACAUGGCCUCCGUCAACACAAUCCUAGACGAUGCCAAUGCCAUGCUCCACAGCUACAGAGGGGACUCCGCCAGGCUGUCCGUCGCCAACAUCAUCCACACCUACGUGGAGCAUUCCCUCAACAACGCCCUCCAGCUCGUCCCGAACUAUACUCUCAGGCGGGACUAUCUCGACAAGAUGAUCGAGCAUCACAAGGUCGUUUUCGAGGCCCUCGAAUCCCUCAACACAAACGAUCAGAGCCAAGUAAACGAACUAGCCGAGGCUGUGAAGGAGCUAGACGACGUGAACAUAAGUUACAUGAGGCUAAGUCUCAACCCACACGCCUCGGCCGAGUUCUCGAGGUACCUUAGGAGCAUCGCCAUCACCUUCGAAGACCUCGUCAGCGGUCACCAGAGGCAGCUCGGGUACACAGGAACGUUCGAGAACCUUGAAAUUGAGCAGAAGUUGGACGUGUACGCCUCCAUACUCGAGCGGUCGGGCAGGCUGAGUGUCCUUGCGGCCUACAACAACGAGCUGGCCACGACGACAGGUAAUAAGUUGUUGGGCGGUGAUGAUGACGUGGAUAUGAAGUCCGAUGACUCAGCCGCCGCCAGCAAGGCGGCCCCCGCUGCUACCUUCGACUUGAACGUGCCGGUCAAGGCCUCGGCCGUUUUAUACUCUCGGAAAAUGCCGAGCCUUGGUUCGGCAGCCAUGUUCCUACUCGACAUUGGGAUGAUUGUAUGGGAAGUCUACUCGGCCGACCACUCGUUGACUAUGGCUCUUAGGGAGGCUUUGAUAUUCGCGGCCGAGGUUGGAGGAGCCGCGUUGGGGAAGUUGGUGGGUGUGACGGUGGCCUCCGGAUUGACGGGCCUGGCAGCCACCACGCUUUUCGUGACGGCUGUUGGGCUUGUAACGGGCUUUGUUGGGGCUUUUAUAUUUGGGGCGCUUGCCGGGUUUUUGUUCGACCGGAUUUUCAGCACGGGAGGGCAGGCGCCGCUGCCGACUGAUGGGUUUGUUGUCUACGUGGCGCCUAUGCCGAAUGGGCACCAGAUUGCGAGACAGAUCGCUUGA